AUGAGCGAGGAUGAGCAUCUCGAACCCGCCUCUACGCGAGAGGAGAGCAAAGAUAUCCGUGCAGCAAGGGAAGAGCUCGAAAUAAACAGCAAUUGUCACGAAGGGCGGAUUCUCCAACUCCACAAGCUCGGAGAUCUCCUCCUAAGAAACGACAACCUUGAUGAGGCUAUUCAGUGUAAGCGAGAAGCGGUUGAGAUGACUGCGCCAAACCAACUUGAAGUCGUCAAUCUCAUCGAGCUGGUGGACCUCAACUACAGACGAUACAGUGACAGUGUCUGGUUCAAAGGGUCAGGGGCUCCAUAUCUAGAUGAUGCCAUAAAGACCCAAAGACAUGUCCUGGAGCUGCUGCCAGACAGCCGAAGUCAAACCCUUAACCUCAAAUACCUGGGCGACAUGCUUUUCCAUCGAUACAACCUGAGGAAGGUUUUAUGGGAGAUCGAGCAGUGUGUCCAAGAUGUGAAGAGAGACGAGGGUGAGUGCUCCAGCUCAGUUGCCGCACUCAGAGAUCUAGAGGAGGCUUUAAAGGUGUCUGAGGAAGCCCUCGGGACUGCCGAGAAGGAUUGCCCCGAUCGGCCUUUGUGGCUCUUGCAUCUAGGUACCUUGUAUGACUUGAGUUAUCAAGAGACCAAGGUAGCGGAGAGACUCGAAAGGGCAAUUCUGCUCACCCGGGAGGCUCGCAGAGUUAUGGGGGGUUCUGAUACGGAAGUUGCCACUCAAUUGUCGAGGCUUCUUGUUGCUCGAUAUGUGAUAAUGAGGGAAACAUUUGACAUCGAGGAAGCCAUUACAUUGGCGAGAGAAACUGUCACCAAUACGGCCUUGGAAACUCGAAACCUCAGCCUCGGAGCCCUCUCUUACGCGCUUUUUCAGUUGUACCAGACGACCAAAUCAGUCGACUCUCUCGAUGAAGCCAUUGAUUUCUCCAUGAUGGCCUCCGAGGAGGUAAUUCGAGGUGACAAGGCUGGAUUUACGGACCUUCGAAAUUGCAACCUUCUUUGUCGCCUGCUCUCAGAAAGAUAUGAAACAACCGGCGAUGAAAGAGAUUUAGACAAUUCGAUUGUCUUCGUACGCUACAAAACUGAAAUUAUGCACCCUGAACGUGUUCCCUGGCUUGAAAGCUUGGUGAAAGAUUGGUGGCGUCAAAUAGUGGGACAUGAUGCCAAUUAUACCGACUUGGAGCAAGCAACCCAACACCCAGCGAAUCUUCUCAUUGACGGUUCAAGCCAUGUUACGAGUCUCAUUGACCUUGCUGAUCGACUUUAUAUGCGAUAUAUCACUUAUGGAUGGCCAGGCGACAUCGUGGAAGCUGUGGAUGUUAUGAGGAGGCUUGUCAAACUUUCGAAGCGUUCGUCACAUCUUAGGUUGGGGACGUUUCUUUUAAGACUCUGGUAUGAGAAAAAGGACCAGAACGCCGUCAAUGAGGCAACAUGGGUUUCCAAACAACUAUUUCCAGACACAGAUGCUUCUGAUCGGUCAUUCGAACCAGCAAGACACGAGUAUCUUCGCUACAAAGCUCUUGAACUAUUACUUCGCUAUGAAACUAGUGGAAAGCUUGAACUUAUCGAAGACGCCAUACUCACAGGGGAGGAGGUACUGGGGAUGUCAGGCAUAGUGGGAAAUAGAACAUCUGCUGUGGAUGCGAUGGCAUCGAUACUCUAUCGGAAGUUCUGCACCACUCGAGACCAGUCUGAUCUGGACAAGGCAAUUGUUUAUUGCGAAGAGGUCUGUCAAGCCACGCCAAAAGACGAAAGAGGUCUGGGGAAUUGCCUUAUUCGCCAUUGUCGCUACCUUUUCCGACGCUACAAGUUCACACUAAACCCCGCUGAUUUGGAUGAGGCGGUUCGUCUAGGCCGAGAGGCUGUGAGAGUCUCGUCUAAUACCGUCUAUCUAAGUGGUGAAUUCCUCGAUAGUUUGGCAGCUUGCUUGUAUGAGAGAUUCUUGUUACUUGACAAUCGUGCAGACCUCAAUGAAGCUAUUCAUAUCAGCCGCCAAGCUCUGGACACGAAGCUGGAAGAUCUGCUUAAUAACUGCGCUUACUUCUUGAACUUGUCGACUAUGUUAUGCGAGUUACACACAUUAAUGCAAGAGAAGGAAUCUUUGGACCAUCUGGGGGAGGCUCUGCGCUUUGCCUCUUUGGCACGUCAGGCUGUUGAGAUGCAAACAAUGUGGCACCCCAACCUAGCACAAAUCAUGUGCUGCUUACCUCAAAUGAGACCCCCCUAUUUUCCAGGCAUGAGCCCCGAUGACCCUCAGAGUACCAUCCACCAGUUUCGAGAAAGGCUAGAGGCAGAUGUUCAGGAGUGUUCGGUCAGAGCACGGCAUACAACAGACCUCGCCAUGGCUUUGAGCAGCAUCCUGUCUCACGCAGAAACUGCGGAUAUCAAUGAGUGUGUCAGCCUUGGGCGAGACGCCAUCACCAUGGCUGAAAAAGGACAUAUUUUAGAAGACCUCUCAUGGCACUUCUCUGGUCUAUCGAUGGUAUUGAGUGGCCGUUUCAGAAUUACGGACAACCCAGAGGACCUCAGCGAGGCCAUCACCCUUGCUCAACGAUCCAUAGAGAUAGCGGCAGAGGACGAUCCUCGAAUGGCAGUAUAUCUAAUCAUAUAUGCGUUAGCGAUCCAUUCCCGUUACUUAGGUACUGGGAGACUGGCUGAUAUCAACGAAUGCAUUGAAAUUGGCCUUAAGGGGUGGUGCAUAUCUUCCUGUGGGGAAAGUAAUGGGGACCGUUUCAACCAGUUGAUGUGCGCUGGAAACAUGGCACAGUUUCUCGAGGAUAGAUAUCUUCGGGAGGGCCAAACCCUUGACCUGAAGAGGGCUUUUGAGUUUCGACGUCUGAUUGCGAAUCAGUCUAUCGCUCUCGGAAAGGACCAGUCGUCCGCCCUUUCGCUUAGGCACGCGGGUUCAAGAGCCGUCAGUCCUGUAUUUGAUACUGUUGCUACGCCGGCCAUGUCCCUGAUUCUGCCUGAUACCACGGAUUGGUCACACCUACUUUACAGCCUAUCUUCCGAGUUACUUACGCACUGCAAGGAGUUUCAAAGCAGUGAAUUAAUACAUUAUGCGAUACUCAUGUGUCAAACAUCUGUCAAAUCAACCCCUCGACGUCACAAGCAGUGGCCGGAGCGUCAGGAGCUUCUUGGAAAAUGCUUCGUAGCCCGUUAUGACAUCAACAAGCCCUUACAUGCGACUGACCAUGAACAAAGGGCCAUACCGAACCUCAUGAACGACCUUCACAGUGCCUUGAGCUCUCUCCAGGAGGUUGUCGAUGCACUUUCUGGGGACGAUCCAAUUUGGGUUUCGGCAUUGUAUCCAUUAGGGCGUUUAUACAGCGACAGAUAUCGUCUUUUUGGUGACGUAGGCGACCUAAAGAUGAGUCUUGCGGUGCUACAAGAAUGUACCGAGGCGACAACAGACAAUGAUGGCCAGCUCUCAGCACUUCUCCGGCUUCAGGGGUUGGCAUUCAUUGCCAAUUUCGUAAUUUUUAACAGACGAUCUGACAUUGAGUUGGCUAAGAAGGCGUUGUGGCAGGGUCUUGAAAUUAUGUCUUCAGACUGUCCCACGAGACCUGGACAUCUAUCAGAUUUAGCUGAUACGUAUCGAAUUGAGUAUUGCAAUAUCCAAAAUCGAGAGAGUUUGAAUAUCGCGCUUGAUAUCUAUGAAGCCGCGUAUGGAGUAUGUACAAACUCCAGGGAACCCCAACUGGAGGACCACUGCUUCAAGAUCCUCACUGGCCGAGGAUUUUCAUAUUUGGAAAGGUAUAAAACGACAAAUGCGGCUGUGGAUCUUGAAAAGACUAUCGGAAACAUGAAGGAGACUCUGAAGAUGUUACCAAUCGAUUCACCAUCUAGGAUCGUUCCACUUGUUUCACUGGCAAACGUGCAUGUUGUUAGCUACAAUAUGACAGGUGACAAUACAUGCUUAGCAACGGCGGAUCAAUUAGUCCAAGAGGCAGCCGACAUUGCCACGUCUUUCGUCUCUUCAGACAACAAUUCUUGCUCUGAAUGGCGCCUCCGCAUUGGCGAGUACUACAGGAGCCGAUAUGAUGCGACGAAGCAGACAUCUAGCUUGGACUUGACCAUAUCAUUCUUACAUGAAGCAUUCGAACUGUCGCCUUUGGUUACAACAAGGGACUCAGAAAGAUUUGUUUCAAUAGCAAGGUCUCUUGCAGAUGCAUUGAAGCUGAAAGGGGAUUGGGACAAGGCGUAUACUGCCAUUAAUCGAGCGAUACUCCUGAUCGUUGCAACAACGCCGCGCUUUCUGGAUGUCUCUGAGACGCAGGUUCUGUUAUCUAGAAUCUCGAAUCUAGCAUCUGAGGGCGCAGCUCUUGCAAUAAGUGCCAAUCGACUCCCUCGGGAGGCUAUUCAACUGCUGGAAGCUGGUCGUGGCGUGGCAAUGCUAGCUUUGAACCAACUUCGUUUGGACUUGGGAACCUCGAAAAGAAUGAGUGACGGUCAGCGUGAGCAAAUCCUCAGCUUCCAACAGGAACUAGAUUCGCCACAUGCUACAGUCCAGAACACACAGAUAAAGGGGGAGGAAGUAAACAAGGCAGCUCGGCGCAUUCGAGUCGGUCGCGAACUCAACAAAUUUCUUCAUGACAAGACUCCUUACGUCUCUCACGUAUCCUUCCAGCAAGAGAUCACAAGUCCUCAUCUGGCCAAUGCAGCCAGUGGUGGUCCCAUCGUUAUCGUUAAUGUGAGCUAUCGAUGCGACGCGUUUUUGAUCAGAGGUGGUUGGGCAGAAGUCUUGCCUUUACCAAUGCUUUCGGCGCAACUAAUUCAGGACAAGAUAGACGAAGGCAAUCUGACGAGUCUUCGGAUACUAGAGUGGCUUUGGGACAGUAUUGUCAGCCCAGUUCUUGAUGCUCUUGGCUAUACUGCCCCGCCUCCUCUGGGUGAUCCAUGGCCGCAUAUCUGGUGGAUUCCUACAGGACCUUUGAGCAAAUUCCCGCUGCAUGCCGCAGGGCGUCAUAUGGAUGAAGGGUGUUUCAAUAGCACUCUAGAUAGGGUCAUAUCCUCCUACAGUGCGUCAAUCCGAGCCCUAGAUGAGAUUGUUUUUCGAAAAGAGCGGGCUACAAGAAGCCACGGACAGGAGACCCAACAGGCUUUGGUCGUUUCCAUGGAAGUCACACCAGGGACCAGCACACAUCUCCCACACGCCAUAGCUGAAGCACAGGCUGUGGAAUCUGUAUGCAAGGCCAUGUCUGUAAAGACCGUUCGGAAGGAUCAGUGUACAAGAGCUGUAGUUCUCGAGCAUUUACCAAACUCUGAUAUUUUCCAUUUCGCUGGCCAUGGCUACACCGACAAUGUCGAUCCAGCAAAAAGCCACUUGCGUCUUGAAGACUGGAUGACCAGUCCACUCACAGUUGCAGACCUGAUCGCCAUUAAUCUUCGUAAGAAGCCUCUCCUCGCAUACCUUGGGGCCUGCGGCACGGGCGAGAUACAAGACGCCAGACAUCUUGACGAGAGCGUGCAUCUGAUCAAUGCAUGUCAACUGGCUGGCUUUCGACACGUUAUUGGAACUUUGUGCCGAGUCGACGACAAGACCUGCGUCGAUGUCGCAAGUAUUACAUACGAAGUGAUUCGCAAAGGAGGCAUGACGGAUGAUUCAGUAAGUGAGGGGUUACACCACGCUGUUUGCGAGUUGCGGGAUCGUUGGAGGAGUGGACUAGGAGCGAGAAAGCCGACAGAAGUGACCCCAGAAAUGGAGCCAAGGGAAAUAAAAGGUAAUAUCAAAGAGGGAGAUGUUCAAGAGAAAGAGGAGAGAUUGGCCUUUCUGCAGAGGGAUAUAGUAGAUUGCGAUUCCGAUGAGGAUGAUUGCGGACGCGAACCUUUGCACUGGGCACCCUACGUUCAUUAUGGUACUUAG